CCAACGUCGGUGUUGAAUUUCAAAUUCGUGUCAACAAAUCCAUUUUGGCAGAUGUUAGCGAAUUGUCUUGCUAUGCAAGUGUCAAUAUUUUGUCAUUUUCGGAGCACUUCGUUUGAAAAACAUACAAUUCAAGAUCACAGACCAUAUUUGACCGAGUAUGGCAUUGUUGCUAUCCCAUGGUUUUUCUUGUUAGCUUAACCACUUUGUUUCGACAGAAGACAAAAGAAAAACUAUUUAAAUAGGUUAACGAUCUGAAGACAUUUGCAUUGAACAUUUGACAUCUGCUAUUGCUUUGAGGGUCUAAAAACAGUGGUAUGUGGAAGCGUUUAAGAUCCUGCUUUACCUGUGGGGGACGAGCAAGUAAUCGAAGCGGUUCACCUGACAAAUUAGCAAAGGUUUCUUCAAGCAGUGAGAGCGAUGCACCUGAAUCUCGACGUGAACAAUAUGGCAAGCAAGUGUCGGACAAGAAUAAGACAAACAUCGAAGGAAAAAGAAACGAAACGAACUCGUUAGGACACAAGAACGAAGGAGGGCAAGGCUUACAGAGUGAUGAAAGCGAGGAAAAUGUUACAUUAAGACAUCGUGUGUCUGCAAGAAAAGGUGAAUCUGAAGGAGAAACAAAGGUAAAUUUGCUUUCAAGUGAGUCCGUAAAUAAAGCUGUUGAAUCAGAAAAUGAGAACAAAGCAGCGAGUAAAAAUAAUUUAAGCGAGGCUUUAUCAGCCAGUAGAUCGAGGGAAUUAGACAAACAAGGAUCUGAAACUGAUAUAAAUACAAAAACAAAUAAUGUCGAAAUUCUCGAUAAAUCGCCAGAGAGGAAAAGCAUAGCUGGAACGAAUGAAAGCGCUAUAAACUGCAAGCAAAAACCUGGGGAAUUUGUUGAAGAAGACCAAAUACAAGGUCCUGCUUCAGACGGCGUAAAAUUCGGCGACAAUAGACAAGAUGAUGAUGAUGAAGCGAAUAUAAACAAAGCAAGCGACGUGUUAUUAAAUGAGUCUUUGAUAUCGGAGUCAAAACCUCUUCAAAAGGCUAAAAGGCUAGACGUUGUAGUUAAAGAGCCAGCAUUGCAAGUGAAAGAGGUUAUUCCUAGCGAAUCUGCAGUAGAAUUUCAGGCAGAAAAUGAGAAUUCUCUGGCAGGGCGUGAAUUGAUCGCAGGUGAAUUUUGUGAUGAUUUGCAUUCAGAUGUGAUUGCUAUUGACUCUAGCCAGCCCUCAGGCACUGAAGUAAUUGAUCAUUCUGGAGAUGAAGAAGCCAUUGUUGAGGAAAUUAGAGCAGUUAAUGAUGGGAUUAAGCAUAUUAAUCUUUCUUCAGAGGAAAGUGUAGAAAUCAACCAUGUAAAUGAGGUGUCACAUAAUGAAGAAAGUAUAUUGGACCCUCAUGUUAAUGAUGUAAACACAGAGAAUGUCAUUGAGGAAUUUUCACACCGGCUUUCAAAAUGUAUUAUGGAUGCUGUGUUGCAGGAUGCACAGUUGCUUUUUAACCAAUCAGAAGAUGAGGGUGAUGAAAGUCGUAACAGAGAGUCCAUUUUGAAGUUUUCUGAUAUUCUCUCCGAGUCCAUAAUUAGAUCUGUGUUAGAUUAUUCUAAGGUUGGGGAGGUGCAUAUUCCAGAGCAUGAUGAACCUGAUCGCAUGAGCCCUAGCGUUGCUGAGAUCAACACAAACGAAAAGACAUCUCAUGAUGUUCCAUAUGGAUCAUCACCCACCAAUGAGGAAGAGGUCUAUAGUGGGGAUGAGGCAAAUGAUGAAAGCUGUUCAAGUAAUUUGCAUGAAUAUGCUAAAGCGUUAUCACAACAGAUUCUAACUGAGGUGUUGGACAUGAAUGGGGAUAGGUCUCAGAGGGAAAUGACUGAUGUCUAUACAUCAAAACUAACAAAGAGUGUCCUGUCUAAUGCGAUCAAUGGAGCAAAGUCACACAUUGUUGAAAGUCAAUCCUUGACUGACUCUGAUGUAGGCAUGGAUAAUGAAGCUAUUGAUUUCUACAUUGCUGAAAUUGUUGGGAAUGCUGUUGAAAGUGCAAUGUCAAGGAUUGCAGAGGAGACUUCUAAGAAUGCUAUGCAGCAGAAUGGGAUUGAAGGGGACCAUGACAGUAUACAAGGUGAAUACAGUGAGUGUCAUGUUGAGAAUAAUAUUGUUACAGAGGAUCACUUGGGGACAUGUAGGGACCAGGAUGUAAGGGAACACAAUGAGGAUUCUGGAGGUUAUGUGGUGAAAACAGAAGGUCCUUCAAGGGGAUUGCAAAAUGGUAAAGUAGACACUCCAGGUGUGAACAUAGAUCAUUGCCAAAACAAGGCUGGGAUAGCGAAUGGUUUGGGCAAUCAAGUGGUACAACAAAAUGGCAAACUUCAAAGUAAAUGGUUAAGUGAAGAUGAUUUGGAUGAACUGUAUAAUGAAGAUCUAUCAGAUGAAGACGAGACAGCUGGUGCUUCCACAGAUACGGACCAGAAUACUUCUGGUGAUGUUGAGCCUGUCACAAGCGCAAAUAAUUUAACAACACCAAAUAAUGAGAAGCAAUUCUGGAGGAAAAGUUUGAUUGAAGACCUUGAUGAUGAUAUGGACUUUGAAGAGAUUGAAACUCCUAGGAGUUCUUCAUCCUCAAGUCCAACAAAAUCUGCAAACCUAGAAGAUUUUGUGGUUGAUGGAAGUGCAGAAAGUGAAGAUGAUGAGGUUUUGGAAACCUCCUCUAACAAUGUAAAAGUUCAAAAGCCAAUUGCCAAUGUGACAGAAUCAAGUCGGUCUCGUUUGAGAUCAGUCGACACUACACCGGUUCUUGUUCUUGACAGCGGUUCUGCAUUUCAGAAAGUUGGUUUUUCAGACCAAGCUUUGCCAAAGGAGAUUGUUUCUUCUGUUGUUGGUACACCAUUGAGAUACUCCCAGGAUAUCUCUGGCAUGGAAUACAGUUCAAAACAAGGACUUAUCUUUGGAGACAAUGCAAUGUCAAAAGCAGGAGUGUUGCAUAUCCAAUAUCCACUGAAGUCUGACUUGGUUGAGCGAUGGGCUGAUGUAGAAGGACUAUGGAAUUAUAUUCUUGGUACUCUAAUGUCCAUUCAAGAGAAUCCUGAUUUUCCCAUCCUGAUUUCUCAACCUGGUUUAAACCCGAAGAAAAAUGCAGAAAAAAUAGCUGAAAUUAUGUUUGAGCAUUUCCAUAUGCCGUCAAUCUUCAUUGCGGAUCAACUGGCUCUUUCCUUGUUUUCAAUGGGUUACACCUCUGGCCUGUCGUUUUCCUCAGGGUUUAAGAGUACCCAGGCGGGGGUGGUGUAUGAGGGACAUGUGUUGCCACACACGGUGAAACAGCUUGAUAUUGCUGGAUAUCAGUUGACAGAAAACUUGAAAAAACUCCUCAUGUCCCUGCAAGGUUUUGGUUUUCGAAGCUCCUCGCAAUGGCAGAUUGUCGAUGACAUUAAAAAGAAACUGGGAUUUUUCUCAUUAGAUUUUGAUGCUGACUCGAAACGUUACAAAACACAGGCUGAUUUACAGACAACGUAUGAACUACCGGAUGGUCAAGUUAUUGAAGUUGGCUUAGAAAGAUUUGGCUGUGCGGAAUCCUUGUUCAAACCUAUGGAAGUUGGUCUCACGCAAUCACCAGCCCACAUGUUGAUCAACGAAGCCAUAAAUAGUUGUGAACACGAGCUACAAGAGUUGUGUUACAAAGCGAUGGGUGUUUCUGGGGGCACCACUCAAAUGACGGGCUUUCUGCCGAGACUCGAACAAGAGCUUCGAAAAGUUGACAGACAAUUUAAAAGCUUCACCGCUCCUGAGGAGAGAGGCCUCUCGACGUGGCUGGGAGGUGCUGUUGUAGCUUCUCUCCCGACUUUCAGAGAAAUGGUCGUGAGCGUCGAUGAAUACGCCGAGUCAGGAGCGAGAGUUGUUCAUUCAAAAUGCUUUUAAAUAAUUAACGUAUCAUACUUAAAUUUCGCCCAGAAAGAAUACUGUUAAACCAUAUAUUUAUGCCUAAAAUUUUCUAUUAAACAAGUCCAUAAAUUAUAAAGCAUCGUAUACAUUAAACCAAUUAACAUUUGGCACAAUGGACUAUCACUAUUCUAACGAUCCGUCCAUUCUUGGACCAGGCAUAAAAUUAAUGUUCUUAUAGUUUUGUUAUAAAGACUAAAGUAUAUCUCCGUCUUCGUUAUAUAAAAAAUUCACAAUUUACAAAGCCGAAUGUUCGUUAAUAUAUAUCUAUACGAUUGAAUAGAAUUUAUUCCGUCUUUCAUGCAUAGAUACAUUACAAUGCAUAUAUACAUUACAAUGGAACGUAAAUAAAUAAUAUUACUAAGACUAAAUAGAUUGUAAAUGAGGAAAUAUAUGUUUAAAAUACUUGCAUUGACUAUCGUAAAGAGAUGUUUAAUUCAUAGUUUUAAUUUUUUACACUAAUGUAUCCAAAACUGAUUCAUACAUCUCU